AUGUCAACUUCUAGACCAGAGCACUUGACCAUUGGCAAGUUCGCACAGCCAGGCGGCCUCGGCCAGUCGCUGUCGAACCCUGCCAGUGCCAGUACCUCGCCCAACGAGCCUUUGUCAGGGGGCAGCACCAGCCUCCGCUCUCCCUUUGGCAUCCCAACCACCUCAGCCUUGAACCCCUCGGUCAAGAUGGCUGCUGCCUCGCGCUCCGGCGCCGGGUCUCCCUCUCAUGAUCCCCUUGCUGCUCCGGGCAGUGCUAGGUUUCUCCCAAGCAAGAGGGCCAGAGAGAUUCAAGCACAGGAAGGUGUGUCUAGUAUACCUGUGAAUCCUUGGGGCGGGCCGCCCACCAGCGGCAACUCUACCCCUCUCCGCGAGAACAUCCCAGAGUCGCCCACAGACGGCUUUCCCGAGUUCCCUCAGCUCGCAGGCCAAGACACCCUGCCGUCCACACGUCGAGCUCGGGCGGGCACGCUUCCGUCCCGUCUCACUACCGGUGGUCCGCCUAGCAAUGGCCUGCUAAGCCUCCCCUCUCUGGCAUUCAAGACCUCCAGGCCAUCUCCUUCGCACAGCCCGUUCAAGUCACCCUCGCCUGGUCUUGAGCCUUCUGAGACGUCCAACAACCCUUCCGCCCUACUCUCACGCCUUCGUGCCGGGUCCUUACCUCAGCGAAGCCCCUUCCCACCGCAUGUGUCGGGCACAAGCUCACCGUUUGGCCCUAACAUCUUCAGCAGCAGCUGGAGCACCGUCGGUCGCGAGCGCGGCUCGACACUGGCAAGCAUUGCCAGUGUCUCGAGCAACGGGCCCAGCUCCCCGACACAGUCACAGCUCUCCAGGGAAGGUGGCGCCGAGAACGACGUGCCAGCGAGGACUCUUGAUUAUCUUGGUCUUGUGGGCACCCCACAGCCACAACCGCAACCGCAGCCACUGAUGGAAGCGCGUUACCGGAUGCCAGACUUUGCACAAUCCAGCCGCUUCAGGUCGUACUCGGUCAACCACAAAGACAAGUAUCAGGACGACGAGUACGAGAACGAAAACGAGGUGGGCUAUGAGCAAGACAGCAUCCAGAGCCAGUACGAGUUUAUCCAGCAUCAGCUCGCCGCAACCCAGGCGGCGAUCGACGAGCACAACGCCGCUGUCCAGGCUCUCCACAGCCAGGCUGCAAUCGGCCGGCCCCGUGCCAGGACUGUCGGGACCGUGUUGGACAGUCCAGCUUCGCGGCUCAUGCGUACCAACUACUACCCAACGCCUUCGCGCCUGGACAGCUCAAUCACGGCUGCAGACCUCGCUUCGGCAGAGGACCGAUCAGUCAUCGAUGAACUCGCACCGGCUGUUGCUGCCAUGAACCUAGGCCGCUCAAACAGCCGGAACAAUGGCCUUUUGAAUGCUGACGAGCCAGAACUGGGCCCAACAAGCGCUCUCUGGCUCGGCAGCAUCCCGACAUCCACCACCACGACCACGCUCAACGAGAUGUUCAAGCGAUACGGUCCAAUUCACUUCACAAGAGUCUUGACACACAAGAACUGCGGCUUUGUGAACUUUGAGAGGAUCGAGAGCGCUAUCAGCGCCAAGAAUGAGCUGAACGGGAAAGAGAUCUUUCCAGGCGCUGGGCCUGUCCGCAUAAACUUCGCAAAGCCACCCUCGGCUUCCCCAACGCCAGGCCACGAUGGUACUCAGCCAUCUCCCAGCCCGGUUCCCUUCACCCAGGGACAAAACGGAUCUCAGGUUCCGGCCACGGCUGCGCUCGGUGAGGCUGACACAGCUUCUGGUAUGGUCACGCCCUCUGUCCCGCCACUGGCGGAUAUGACAGGAGACAUUCUUGAGAUCGUCAAGCAGUUUGGUGCAACCGAGGAAGAUGCCGUUCGCAUUAGCAAGAACCUCCAGGAUGCCAUCACGUACAGUGCUCUGGUCGACGAGAUUCCCCCAAUUGGCGAGCCUACCAGCACCAGAAUGUAUGAUGCCCCCAGGCUUCGCGAUAUCCGCAAGAGAAUCGACAACCAGAGCUUGCCCCAGGCCGAGAUCGAGAACAUUGCUCACGACAUGCUGCCAGAGAUUGCCGAGUUGUCCUCGGACUACCUGGGCAACACGGUGGUGCAGAAGCUUUUUGAGCAAUGCUCUGAUCCGACCAGGGACGUAAUGCUAGAGAAGAUCGCGCCGCACCUUGCCGAGAUAGGAGUUCACAAGAACGGUACCUGGGCUGCCCAGAAGAUCAUCAGCGUCUGCAAGACGGAUAGCCAGAUGAAGGUGAUCACAACCCACCUUCGGCCAUACACGAUCCCACUGUUCCUGGACCAGUAUGGCAAUUAUGUCUUGCAGGGCUGCCUGAAAUUCGGGGCCCCGUAUACCGACUUCAUCUUCGAGACUAUGAUGAGCGAGAUGUGGCAGAUUUCUCAGGGCCGCUUCGGCUCUCGUGGCAUGCGUGCUUGUCUGGAAAGCCACCACGCCACCAAGGACCAGCAGAGGCUACUGGCUGCGGCCAUCGCACUCCACAGUGUGCAGCUGGCUACAAACCACAACGCGGCUCUGCUUCUGACAUGGUUCCUGGACACAUGCACGUUCCCGCAACGACGGACGGUCCUGGCGCCGCAGCUGGUUCCCUGCCUCGUGACGCUGUGCACCCAGAAGGUCGCAUACUUGACCGUUCUGAAGGUGAUCAAUCAGAAGACGGAGCCCGAGGCACGUGACAAGAUUGUGCAGGCCAUGUUCUUUAGCAAGAACGAGCAGACGCUCGAGUCAAUCCUGCGGGAUUCGCAAUGUGGAGCAACCCUGAUCUUCAAGGUCAUCACCACGCCCUUCUUUGACGAGGCUGUUCGCUCCCAGGUGAUUGAGAAUGUCAAGACUGUCCUGCUCCGUAUCAAGGCUCAAUCCGACAAGGGAUACAAGCGGCUGAUGGACGAGGUCGGUCUGUCGACGCGCAGUGGCAACACUGGUGCGCAGCAGCAGCAGCAGCAGCAACAGCAGCAACAACAAGCGCAACAGCAAGCACAGCAGGCUGCAGCUGCUCAGUACAACGCGGCUGCUAACACCGGUCCAUUCUACAACCCGCUUAACGCAGCUGCGAGCGGAAUCAGUCCUGGUGGCUUUGAUGCUAGCCUUGCUGUCCCUCGGAGCGAUAGUGCCGACCCGAAUACUCAGCAGCAGUUUGCUGGCUUUGCGCAGGGCGGGAUGCCACCGAUGAGCAUGCCAUAUCAACAGAACAUGUUGCGAGGCACCCCACCAAUGAACGGCUACUAUCCCAUGCAGGCUGGAAUGCCCUUUCCGAGUGCCAGCCUGCCGAUGGAUCAAUACCGCAGCAACUCGAUCCCACCAGCUGGGAACCAAAGCCCCUAUGCUGCACCAGCGUACCCUAUGCCGAUGCCCAUGGGUAUGGGUGGCUUUGGCUACGGGAUGCCACCUCCUGGAUACAAUAUGGCUGACGGCGGUAUGAAUGGGGGCUCGUCUGGGCGCCGCGGAGGCCGUGUUGGUCGAAAUGGAGGUCGCAACAAUUCGGCCAGCCCAAGGCCUUACUAG